CUUGUAAUUCUAUUUACCCCCUGCAGGUUCUACCAGGAACAGGUUCACCUCUAAAAUGAGUAUAGAUGUCCUUGAAGUCCGUGGUCUCACCUCAAUUUUGUUGUCUCUUCCGUUUUGCAAACUUACUAGUACCUCAGGUCACUCCCCAGAGUUUGGCGUACUUGUGUCUGGGUGGCUUCGUCGUGCUAGUUAGUCGUUCGGGCGUGUGUCCGGGAAAACUCAAAUGCUUACCCUACUAGUUCUCCAUGGUUUCCCUUCUUGUGAAGGAGAAGCUAUAUAUCAAUGAAGUCGUGCUCGGCACGGGGUUCGGCGUGCUCAUGGGUCCUUAUGUUGCCAACGUAUUCAGUCCCAGGUCCUGGGGUGCUGAGCAGAACAUAAUCACGCUUGAGGUUAUGAGGAUCGUCCUUGCAACUGGUCUCUUUGCGGUGGGCGUUGAGCUGCCGUGUGCUUACAUGUGGGAACAUGUCAGGGGUUUGUUAAUUAUGGUGGUGCCUACCAUGGCGUUCGGUUGGAUCAUUGUAGCAGGGAUCCUUCAUGCCCUUUUCCCGAUGUUGGAUAUGAUCUCUGCACUUUGUAUCGCUUCCUGCCUUACUCCCACCGAUCCAGUCACCUGUGCAGCCAUCACUCGCGGAAAAUUUGCUGCAAAGCAUGUCCCCCUCAAGAUUCGCAGAAUCUUAUCAGCUGAAUCUGCAGCGAAUGAUGGGUUGGCGUAUCCGUUCCUCAGUAUUUCUCUAUACCUGACUGCCGAAACAUCCACUCGCGUCGCCAUUGGAAAGUGGUUCCUCGUUGGUUGGCUAUAUCAGGUCAUCUUUGGCACCACCCUCGGCGGAAUUCUCGGGCUCAUAUUCUCUAAGCUUAUGAAGCUUAGUCAUCGGAGAGGUCUCAUUGACCGUGAAUCCUACAUUGCGCAAUAUUUAGCUCUCGCGAUCUUCACCACCGGCGUUGCCAGCAGUCUCGGCGCUGAUGACCUCCUCGCAGCAUUUGCGGCAGGCUCAGCAAUUUCAUGGGAUGGACAUUUCAAUACGCAAACCGAAGGUGAUGCGUUUGCGUCUGUCAUAGAUUACGUCUUGAACUGCGGUUGCUUCAUCUAUAUUGGCGCUUGGCUGCCGUUCAGUUCCUAUAAUACCUCGGAUCUCGGGAUUACCCCCUGGCGCCUGUGUUGUCUAAUGAUCGCAUUACUUGUUCUCCGUCGCAUCCCCCCUUUAUUGCUACUUUAUAGAUUCGUUCCGGAAAUAUCUUCCUGGAAAGAAGCAUUGUUUUCGGGGCACUUCGGACCGAUGGGUGUCAGCGCGGUGUUUGUCUCUGCAUUAGCUUUGACUCGCCUUCCCACUCCUGAAAAUCCCCCAGCGGAUCAGCAACAGUUGCUCGCGGCAGUUAUUCAACCUAUAGUGUCGUUCGUCGUUCUUGGUUCCAUCAUAAUUCACGGACUUUCUAUUCCGUUCUUCAACUUGGGCCGUGAGGUGCACUCACGCACUACCAGUCUAUCUUUGAAUUGGACCUGGACUAACCGCACCACACCCGAUUGGGUCCUUUGGGCGCGCCGCCCUGAAGGUGCAACAGCAACGCCUAGCGCUAUCAAUAUAGCUGUGGCCGACGUUGAACGUGGUGCGGUGCCAGUAGCUGAUGUUUCCCCCUGCAACGAAGAACUGGACUGUGAUGACUCCGAAACGGUAUUAGCUACGUCGGGAAGGGACGAGGUAGCAGAUGUUUCGGAGCUCAUAACGAGCCGUUCUCAUCGACCAAGAGAGGACGAAAUUCCAGGCUUGGACAGUCGCGUUAAGCCCGGAACUGAAGCUGAUGUUAUGCAAGCUGAAGACUUGACCUCGCCGAACAACUCCCAGGUGAAAACUGUACGCUUUCCGAGUACUCAAUAACAACUACUGGGAGUCCACAUUGGACAUGAAGUUGUCCAUGUCAUGGUCAAUGCCUCCUAUGCCUUAUCACGAAAUUUUGUGUCUUGGAAGCCAGGAAUAUUGGUGUGCGUUUGCACCACGUUUCUUGGUUCGAGCUGUUCUCGCAUCUCCAAUACCUACAUUCUAGAAGCUCAUGACUCUCGUUACAUCGAGUUUACCCAAAGCAAUGAAUAUCCUCCACCACUGCCAGUCGAGUUUUGACAUGUCUGAUGUGAGGCGAGUUGCUUGGAAGUUACCUUUCACGCCCACU